AGAUUCUUAUUCUUUCAGAUAUUUCAACUUAAAAAAAAAUUAAGAUUACUGGUGUAUUCUCUAUGAGGGACAAGAAUACUGAGAGUUUGAUCGGAUUCGGCGGCCAAACUCUCCCUAGAGAGGUUCUUCAUCUUAUCUUCAGCCAUCUAGAUACUGCUGAGCUGAAGACGGCCUGCCUGAUCUCCAAUCGUUUUUUGGAUAUCUGUACAAACAUCAUCAACACCAGGAGAAACAAAUCCAAUAUGGAUUCUAAAAAAUUACAGGAAAGCAAUUUGCCGGACUUAACAGAAAUAAUAUCUCCUAACCUCGCUGUACCAGCAGCCCUCGCCACCACAAUACCAGAGGUUUUAACACUACAAACAGAAGGUGGAUUUUCAAUAACAGUUCCACAAAACGCUCAGAUCGUUGUACCUGUCUUACCCGAGUGUAUCCCCCUGAUAGCUAAGGUUCCUGAUGUUGUCUACACAGAACCCUCAGUAUUAGGAGAACCCCAGGAGGUAAAGAUUAGCCAAGUAUUACCUGGUUAUCCACCUUCAUACGCCAGUGAUUAUAUUCCAGAACAGAUCAACAGUCACUCCUUCAACUCCUUCGUAAACACAAUAUCCUUCAAUGUAUCCCGGUAUCCAACCCUCUCAGAUGUUACAGACAGUAAAUCUUAUACACCGAAUUCUUCUAAGACCGAGAAAGGAUCUGAACCUGUUAAUCCUCCUCCACAAAAGUUUGAUUAUGUACCGGCGGAAUUUUUUUCUGGACCAGGCAGUAACUUUCAAACAGCUGGUGUUCGACAGGCCCAGAGUAUAUCCAAAGUCCCUCCCACAGUGCUGGGGAGUGGACGUAUCCUCACCCAGAUGACCACCCUUCCGACCUGCACACUUAUUGAACCCACCGUAGAGUGUUCAUCUGUAGCUGAAGAUGUUAACUCAAGAAAAGAGGAUGAUUCAAAGAAAAAUGGUGACUCAGAAAAGAGCGUGAACGAUGAAAAAAAGAUUAAAAACAUUUCAGAUGUUCUAGAAUGAUCAUACUACAAAAUAAAACAAACCCAAGAUUGAAAUAAUGAAGCAUUAAUAUGGUCGGGAACUGUCCUUUUAGAUGUAUUCUAUCGUAAAUCGAUUAAAAG